AUGCUCGUUGAUGAAGACUACAAUAUCACUGCUAUUCUCGACUGGAGCAAUGUCCAGACUGUGCCGCUAGAGCGUUUUGCCGUGACUCCGGAAUUCAUAGCCCCUCCUGCUGCACCAAAGGAGUAUAAACAAGCGGUAUUUGAAUUCCGGGAUAUUUUUGUUGAUGCGUUGGCAAGCAUUGAACGGGAGAGCGGAGACUUGUCGUCUGAUGGGGGAAUGUCAUUAUCCCGUCUGUUUGCAUCCCCUUUAACGGAGGUCGUGUUUCGAUGUACUUGUAGCCCUGCACGGAGAGCUAUUUUCGAUGCCCAGCUCACCCUUCUUUUAACUUAUGGCAGAGAUGCCAAAUGGGAAGAUUUCAAGAAAUUCUUCAAUGAGCAUUUGGCAUAA